ACUAAUCAAAUUAUCAAAUGUCAAACCCCACACUCACAUGUAUAUAAUACCUAGCUAAACAUCUCCAUUAUUCACUACUUCUAUUUCAUUUAUCAUCUACACAAAUUCAGAAGCAGAAUACUCAUAGAAAUAUGGGAGGCUGUUAUUCUUGCAAUAAUUCCUCUAUAUUGAAAAAUAAUAUAAGAGUAAUUCACCUCAAUGGUUUUGUAGAAGAAUUUGAUCAACCAAUUUCAGCAAACCAAGUUAUUGGAAACCCACCAACACACUUUGUUUGUACCUCAAUUCAGCUACUUUCAUCAUCCUCAAUACCAUUGUUGAAAGGAGAUAGUCAACUCCAACCUGGUCAACUAUAUUUCAUGUUACCUUACUCAAUACUCCAAGAUGGUUUUUCUCCUUUAGAUUUGGCUUCCUUAGCUAAAAGACUCACUGCAAAAGCCAAAACAAAACCAAGUGAUUAUAAUAAGUCUUCAAUAGUUACUCCUUUACUGAAUCAAACAGGUUUUUGGAAUUCUCCUUCAAGAAGUCCUUGUAGAGUUGGUGAGGAAGAGAAGAAAAGUAUGAUGAAUGGAGGAAGAAGCCCUUGUAGAAUGCAGUCAUGGAAACCUAUCUUGGAAAGUAUUGCAGAGAAGUCACUUAACAGAAGAAGUGAAUCAGAUUUGCAAGAAUUAAUGAUUAAUGUUUAGUAGACAUGUUUAUGUUUUUUUUUUUUGGUUAUAGACAUGUUUGUGUUUAAUAUUGAUUAUAUGAAUAUAUUUUAGAAUUGUUUUUGCA